GAAUAAUGGAGAGACGACAUCCCCAAGGGCACUCCGGUGGUGGUGGUUCUUCAUCUUCUUCUUGUGCGGGACAGCGCCCAAGGAGGAGGAGGCAAAACACCCAGGACGUCGAGGGAAACCGGCAGUCUCCUGCAGGGGCUGAAGCCUUGUCCCUUGUCGCCCAGACGGUGUCUCUCCGUCAGCAGAAUGAAGCACUUACGAGGCAAGCAGUAAGUGGCGGGACUUCUGUAGCAGCACUGAGGAGAGAUUUGGGAAAUGUGGAGAGGGAUGUAGAGGCCAAACGAGAGAGAGUGCAGGAAUUUGAGGAGGAAUUGGCAGAGGGGAGCCAAGUUCUCUCGACUUUACAAAAAAUUCUGGUCAAACGAGCCUGAAUACCAAAGGAAAUAUUGAUGGACAUUGGUCAUGAGUGCUUGUAGAUCCUUCGUUUCAUCUUCAUACGCCUUCAGACUAGCUUGAUAUUGGGCCUGCUGCUGCUGCUGCUGUACUAUAGUAAUGCACCACUUCAACUCGCCAAGUACUUCAAGGCGCUCCUGAGAAGGAAGCAGUUGAUGUGUAACUCCGAUGCUCAGUGCAUUUAUAAAUGCUUAAAUUAGGGAGAAUUCAUUGUAAGAGACUCCAGUCUCACUGGUCAAGAAGAUUAAUUCCAUAGGCCCGCUCUCACUCUGAACAAAAUUGCCGCUAACUAGUUCUGUACUGAGGUGAUAAGGAAAGGGUAACGAAAAGAGGCCAUGACUCAAAUUUCAAAAAUGUUAGAUGUCCUUAAAUCAUUCCUUUUAGCAAAGAAAUCCAUUCACGAGUUUGGGCAAAUUCACUGUCGGCAGAGUAUUUUAAUAAGCGCGCCAUAAUCUUUGGAAACUUGAAUUUAAAGUCAGUGGCCCUUGUGGACCUAUUCCUUGUGAAUGGGGUUCAUUUUCUAAAUAAUAAUAAUAUCAAUAAUAAUAAUAUAAUUUUGAGAAUAUUCUGAUCUUGUAACUAUAAUUUUUGUGUAUUCCUACGAGUUCGACUCCAUUGCUUUAUGAACACAGAAGCAGAAAAACAACUAUCGAAGUAUUUUCUUGGUGCAAUAAUACAUCUAAAUCAUGAGUGCAUUUCUAUUAAACUGUGCACACUUUUUCUUU